AUCCGACCUUCCCUUUAUUUUUAUUGUUCUUAUGCUUUACUUUUUUAUUUUGUUUUCCUGUUUGUUUCUUCAGUUCACACUAUUUUCUUUUUUGUCAAAGCUUGUUAGAACGAAACGAGCUAAAACUUGGGAGGAAGGUUUUGCAGUGUAGAAAUUUGUUUGUUCUGAGAUUUUGGGUAUCUGGAAUAUGACUAAGAUAUUAAACUGAUGAAAACACAUAGGAAAAAUUAUUUAAGUGCUAGUUAGAAAAUGCUAAGGAAAAAAAACACAAAAAAACUGAAACUUGAUGCAGUUUUUUUCUUCGUUUUUUAGCAUAUUUUCCCUCCGCCGUGAAGCGCAGAAUGAUGUAUAAUGUUGAUUUAGCAGUUACACUAAUGAACCAAGUUAUUUUUGGCUUAUAUUGAGCUGGGUGGAUUUAGGUCUUUAUUUAUUCCAUUAAUUAUAUAUUUGUGCAAAUGUUUGAAAGCGCAUCUAUAUGGCAUAUAGCAUGUCCCCCUGUGUGAUGCAAUUUCUAUCCAAUGGAUAGGUACAUAAAAGAGCAGCCUACGCUUGAUUUAGAGGCAAGAUGAAAUCUACGGGGCAUUGUUUGAUUGCUUCUUUAACUCCUUUUCAUUCUGUUAUCCUGAAAAACCGUGGCAGAUUUUCAUCAAACUUCCUUUAUGGAAGUACAAGCAAACCAAGGACAUUGUGUGCUUAUCAUCAAAAGUCCAAACUCCCCUCUACUUCUCUGAUGGGUGCAGAGCGCUAUCCUCCUCCUUGGUUCAGUGUUGCCCCCAUGAUGGAGUUGACCGAUAACCAUUACAGAACUUUGGCCCGUCUUAUCUCAAAACAUGCAUGGCUCUAUACAGAAAUGCUUGCUGCAGAAACAAUUGUCUACCAGGCUGGCAAUUUGGAUAGGUUCUUGGCAUAUGGCCCUGAGCAACAUCCGAUAGUGCUUCAAAUUGGGGGAAAUAAUCUGGAGAACUUGGCCAAAGCGACACAACUGGCAACUCCUUAUGGCUAUGAUGAAAUUAACUUUAAUUGCGGAUGUCCUAGCCCUAAAGUAGCUGGACACGGGUGUUUUGGUGUGCGACUCAUGCUUGAUCCAAAGUUUGUUGCUGAGGCCAUGUCUGUAAUUGCUGCAAAUACAAAUGUUCCAGUGAGUGUGAAAUGCAGAAUUGGAGUUGAUGACCACGACUCGUACAACGAACUAUGUGAUUUUAUUUACAAGGUUUCUUCUCAGUCACCAACUCGGCAUUUUAUUAUACAUUCCCGGAAGGCAUUACUGAAUGGAAUCAGCCCAGCAGAUAAUCGAAAAAUUCCCCCGCUCAAGUACGAGUACUACUAUGCCCUCUUGCGUGAUUUCCCGGAUCUACAAUUUACGAUAAAUGGAGGCAUAAAUUCUAUUGAGGAGGUUAAUGAGGCACGUACAGAAGGAGCUCAUGGGGUUAUGCUGGGACGUGCAGCUUACAGCAAUCCAUGGCAGAUUCUGGGACUUGUUGACAGCGCUGUAUACGGUGCACCUCUGCGUAGCAUAACCCGGCGCCAGGUUCUUGAACAGUAUCAGGUCUAUGGUGAUUCAGUCGUUGGAAUGUAUGGGGGGCUUAAGCCAAGCAUGCGGGAUGUUGUCAAGCCUCUGCUCGGUCUAUUUCAUGCAAAUCCUGGAAAUGGUCCAUGGAAGCGUAAGGUUGAUGCUGCUUUCAAGCACUGCACGACAAUCAAAUCCCUUUUCGAGGAGACAUUGGUGGCAAUUCCAGACUGGGUCCUUGAUUCCCCCAUUACAGAAGUACCGUCUGGUAGUACGGAUAAAUUCAUCAAGGCGAAGAGUUUGUUGCCUCCUCCAUACACAGUUAAUGAAGAAGAAUUACUAUAUGCUUAAAUAUACGUGUUUUUUCAGUAUUAUGUAUUCUAAGUGCCUCAUAUUUUUGGGGAGACCAACUCUCUCCAAUGUAACCAGUUAAUUGUAAAAGUGAAAUGAUACAAACUCACUGCUGCUAUGAACCGGAAGCAGGUGCUAUUGACAUAUUUUUCUAAUUUUCUUUUAUAUAUUACAUAUCGAGAAAUGGAAAGGAACAGUGAGAAUCAAAGUCAUCUAUUGUGUAAAAGAUUGAACCAAUCCCCACUGAACUGUAAGUCUUGAUAACAUUAGAUUCUUGGAGUGACACAUAUCUUGGAAUUUUCAUUUAUACUCA